AUGGGGGUGAAGCGGAAGUCGACCGGCGGCAGUGCCAAAGCAAAGGUGCAGAAGCCUGACCCUUCAGGCAUGUUUUCCCACGUGAAAGUCGUGACUGAUUGGCUUCGUGAUAAUGUGACCCCGGUCGGGGGACCUGACAAAUUUCUGGAGAAGAAGUACGCGACCAAGGAGACUGUGGAUCAUGUCAGGUGCACGUAUGCAGUGGAGCUCUCUGAAGGCGUGCACUGUUUGCGGCCGUAUCAUUUGGCGUGGCGAAGCGACUUCGGGCUGAGCUCUCUCCUUGAGCCCGAAGAGUUGUACACACUGGCAGAACUCUACCUGACAGAGGGGUUUAGAACAGAUGCUGCGCUGCCAGGGGUGGAACGCAUCGCAGUGACGAAGCCGGACUCUGCAUUCUUGGAGGCUCCAUAUAAGUCCUUGCCGCCUGUGGCCGGUAUCGGGCAUAGCGAUGAGAUUCCGCCUUUUUCAGUCGCAUACGUGAAGGGCUGGCGCAGAUCCAUCACAGCUUUGAUCGUUGCUGAAUGUCUCCGAUCCCUUUCUCUUGACUUUGGUGAACUGACUGAUGUUUACAAGAAAUCUAUGUCGACUGUGCAUGCGACCUAUGGCCACUACGAUCACGUCAGAGACCAGGUGAUGGCAUCAAGAGGCAUGUUCCUAACUUUUUCAACGAGAAGAGCGCCCCACUGCUUUAAUCUGAUGCGUCAGAUGCAGGUUUUGGAUCGCGCAGGAGCCAAGGACGUAUGGGAAAGUGCGGCGGCCGUUGCCCGUGCAUUCAAGAUCGGAAAGUUUGAGAGUGAGGCCAUUCACAACCUGCAGAACAAGGUUGCAGCACCCGUGGUGGAAGCCUUGCGAGAGGCCGUGCGCUGCCGCGGAAUGCGUGGCUUCUUGCAGCACGAAAUCAUUGCCAGGGACAUCUUCAAUGUCGCCUUUUCAUCUGGUUCAGCCAACGGUGGAGGGUACGAAGUUUGGACGGGCUACUUGACGAACAAGGAAGACAACGUGCUUGUUUUGCUGCUUGUUCGUCGCAUGUGCCGCGACUGGGACAAGCUUAUGCCGAGCAUGCGCAAGGCUUGGAACUUCAAGGACACCAGCGGUUUGCAUGCUGCGUGUGGUGGAUUUAUUUAUUUCAUGAACUUGCUCAAAGAGAAGCUUCCCACCGCAGAGUUUGAGAAAGUCCACGAAGAGCUGGAGGUUCAAUUUAUGAUGGGAUUUUUGGACCCGGACAUUCACCACGCUCUUGAAACCACUGCGCCGCCCGCACCAGUGGAUUCAGUGCAGUUCUUGAGGAAUGUGUGGAAUGAGAUUGUGCAGCGGAACAUUCGAGAGAUUGAGGACCGUGACCGUGAACUGGCUGAGAAGGUUGCGUCAGCGACCCUGGAGCAGAUCAGGCUCAAGUUUGAUGCCGACAUGGAAAUUUUGAAGCAGCGUGUGCCAACAAAGGAGAAGGAAGCCCAUGAAGCGGCCCUUGACAUCAAAUAUUUGCAGCAGCGACAGAAGACCGGACAGGACUUCACAAAGGCCUGGAUGGAGAAGCAUUGCAACUUCCUACUUCUCCCAUCAGAUGGCGCAAUGACAUCCUCCAUCAGGUACAUUUUGGCCUUGGUGGAUGGGACCGUGUUGCCGGCAAAUGCAUCAGUGGUCCAGAAUGCGUUGAAUACCUUGGCAACCGUGCUCAGCUUGAGUGUGAACAACACUGGGCACGUGCAGCUGCCGGUGCCGCAUACCAAUACAACAGCCAGUGCCCUGCUGAAGCACCGCCGGACCAUCGAAGAUGGCCUCAUGGCUGCUGACGUGGACGUGACGCAGACAGUGGCCUUGCAGUUCUCUCUGCCCCCGGAUGCAAGGUCUUCUGACCGGAGGACAAGCAUCCAGACCUGCAUCUUUGCUGCUCCGGCUUCGGCUACGAAGCAGUCUGCUUGGACGCCGCCUUCUCUUAUUGGGCCCCUCCCUUUGAUCAAGUCAAGCGACAUGAUUGGCUAUGAUGCUGAUGCCCGCCCUGGCCCUUCAGCCCGUACAGAACAGAAGGGCCUUUCUGUCCACAAUGGCAUCCUUGAUGCGUACUUGGAUGGUUUGACCAAAGGCUCCGAAGACAAUGUCAUCAUCUUUGACAUUCUGCCCAACAGGUACGCAGAAUUUGGACGUGCUGUUUGUGAGAGACUCUUGGCAGGCCGAUCCCCAUAUGUCUCAUACUUGGGAUUGCUCAAGGAGCAGCAGAAGGACAACAUCGUGGCAGUGGAGGAGAUGGUGUACAAUCAUUGGGAUGCCAGCCCUCAAGCCCCCGCCAAGCAACGCCCCAAGCAGGAACUGCAGACACCUUCUUUGUCGAUCUUGUUGUGGCAGCGCAACAAGCCAGCGUUUCCGCAAAACCUUUUGGACAAGUUCGUGGAGGGGAGCGAUCAGAAAGCAGAGGUUGACAGGAUGAAGAAGGAGCUGGAAUCCUUGUGGCCUACCGCUGGCACUGCAGAUUCAGCUGCUUCUGUUGUUGCGCGAGCUGCUGGCAGCCCGGACUUUACUGGAUCGACUGUUCUGGAUUUGAAACGGGAAGUUGACCUUCCGAAGACCCCAUCCAGCGUGUUCUCUGAGGACAAGUUGGCACUUUGCCCUGGGAAGCAGAACAGACCUGCCAUCCUGGUGACAAAGAGCUUUGACAUCUUUGUCGGAAACAUGAACGCAGAGGGGAUGGAAGUUCCGGCCGGCGAACUCUUUGGCUUUAAUCUUGGAUCUUUUGAGAUGCGUAUUUGCAAAGGGGCUGGUGCCGACGAAGCCCACGUGCUCCCAUGGCGCUUGGAAUCAGACAUGACGCUGGUUGCAUUUGAAAAGGUGCCUAUGCCGUUUUGUCAGUUCCUGUGCAAGAUGGGGCAGGAGCGUGGCAUCGCAGAGCUUGCAGUCUGGGACCACGAAGCUCCGGCAGAUUCGGGGAGCUCAGAGCCUGUGAUGGUUCCGUGGCGGUAUGACGUCAAGCCUGACCCAUCUAUGUCUACCAACUGCUUCAAGCCGAACGCCUUGGCAGGGAAUUUCGACCACCAGGCUCACAAGCCAGCAACCCUCGGGUGUGUGUUUGCAGGGGCCAUGAACAAAGUACCUCGCCAAGCCACGUGCAAACACGCUGCGUUGGUGUGGGAGGCGGGGCGACUGAAACUUGGAAGACAUUUUGCUUAUAUACUCUACUACGUUGCAUUCAGAUAUUAUUAA